AUGGCGGAAUUCUCAUAUCGAGAGCUCCUCGGUCAGUCGGCGUCGAGUGACCUGGGUGCCAGACUAGGUCAAGUCUACUUCCGCUUUAUGCCCAAGACUGCAGGCUGCAAUGUUGUCUCGAUGGCGGACGAUUAUAACUCGAUGCUAAAGCGAUUGGAGUAUAAUGAUCUAAAAGUUAAAGCUAUUGAACACUUGGACAUCUAUUUACAUGAAGGUAAUAGCGAACUUGACAGUUUAAAAGACCGUUUCUACGACCUUGUACCAGAACGAAAGAGAAAGAAAGUUACAACUGUAAAGGAAUUGUUACAGACCCUGGAGGACAGUAACGUGAUYCAUAUARAUAAUGUACUAAUUUUAAGAGACUUAGCGCGUCUGUUAGAACUGAAGGAUCUACAAGAUAUCAUUGACGAAUAUGACUUSAAUCAUUGUGCAGGUUAUAAGAAGGUGUUUAAAGGUAAGAAGGUCAACUUAUCRAYYCUGAAUAAGGAUUCUCUGCAUGGUUUAUGGCUCAACAUGUUUCUCUUUUGCACUUUCCUCCUUACUAUCUUCCAUCUUAAACAUCAAUCAUGGCUGAUUGUGAACACACUAUUGAACUUUUCACUUAAUGACGUCAUGUGA